AUGGACAGAGGUAUUAGCCCUCCUCCUCUCAAACGGCAAAGGGUCCAGUCUACUCUUCAAGAGAACCUGAGCUCUCAGCCAAGAUCACAAUCCAGUGUAGGUCAUGGACUGGGCCCAACGAGUGUGCGAGUCUUUACAUGGAAUAUCAACGGCAUUCAGCCAUUCCUCCCAGCAUCGACGUUGCCAAUCACGUCGUUCUUCAAGCCUGUGGGCCAGCACUCGAAGAGUGGCCUAGGAAACACGACGACCACGAAAGAAAAAUCACUCCCAGACACCGUUGGCAGUCCCCUGCGGGCAUUCCUGCAGAGACACUGCUGGCCCGAGAUCCUCUUUCUCCAGGAGCUCAAGAUUAGCCCGUCGGACUCAAAGACUCCUGCCACCCUACUUCACGCCGUCAAUUCCCCCCUCCCAUCUGAGAACGGACAGGACCUCGCGCAAAAGACCAGAUACAAGCUUGACUUCAAUCUUCCGCGAGACAAGCACAACGCUCGUGGAUUCGGGGGAAAACUCUACGGUGUAGGGACCCUCCUGCGCGAGGACUUUGCGAGCCGACAUGUCGCCACCGUUCGACACGCAAGCUGGGACCACGAGGGCCGCGUCACCAUCGUCGAGCUUGGGCAAGAGCAGACAAAAGGCGGCGACAGACCCAGACCGCUGGCGCUCAUCAACAUCUACGCCGUCAACGGCACCAGCGCACCCUAUCGCUCGCCAGACACGGGCAGGGCACUCGGCACGCGACACGACCACAAGCUGCGCGUCCACGAGCGCCUGCGCGACGAGUGUCUGGGGCUCGAGGGGCGGGGCUUCGAUGUUGUCAUCGCGGGGGACCUGAAUGUUGCGCGGGGACGGCUGGACGGGUGGCCGAACCUCAGGACGUACCCGCAGCAGCACUGCCUCAACAGGGCAGACUUCAACAACAAGUUCUUUGGCGAUGAGGAUAAUGCGAGGUCCGAGGCCAGCAGCAGCAACAAUAGCGAUAGCAGCACAACCUUUGACGGCGUAGAUGCUUUUCGUGCUAUCUGGGGAAACGAGCUGAGGUAUACAUAUCAUCCACGCAGUGGAGAUGAGUGGGGGGCCAGUUGUGAUCGGGUAGACCUCAUUAUCGUCUCCAAGAGCCUGUUCGAUAGUGGCCGAGUGCUCCAGGCUGAUAUCCUGGAUUCGCCGCAGGAGCGAGGGACAAGUGAUCAUGUGCCUCUCUGGGUUAAACUGAGGCUGUGUGGGUGA